CGUUCACAUCCUUUAUUAUACUCUACACAACAUUAAUUAAUUUAUUAUAUUGUACUCAUAACCAAAUUUGUAAAAAAAAAAUUAUUUCUUUUCUAUCCAGCCAUAUUAAUAGACCAAAAGAGGAGCGCACUCGUGGCGUCCACAGAACCAUCGCCGCCACAACAUCAACAACAUAUUAUGCACCAGCACCAGCAGAACCAGCAACAACAACAAGCACCAUCAACACCGUUAGCGCAGGGAAUACACAUAGACUCGUUAUCCAGCGGCCCAGACCCGCCCGGCACUCCCCAGAGAUACUUGGGCGGCAUUCAUAAUGGACACAGCGGACACACAGCAUCCCCACUAGGGAAUCCCAACAUCAACAGUGGCAGCAACAGCAAUGUUAGUUUUAAUGUUGCGCAGGCCAAUGAGCUUGAGCUGGAUCUACGGCUUGGCGGAAGCAAAAGCAGCCGAGGACGCCGUGGCGGUGGCGGUGGUGGUGGUGGCCGGGGGCGCGGUAGCAGGGGGCGCGGCGCGGGCGCGGAGCCAAACGACAGCCGAUUGGCGGCGGAAACCAGCCCGCGGGCAUUGCAGGACGCGGGAGAAUGGAACGGCGACGUCUACAACGAAACAUGGGUGAUCCGCAUGGAAGACCUCGUCGACCGCGGCACCGUAACGCAACUCCCCGGCGGCCAAUACCAAAUCGCCGCGGAUAUCCUAGGCAC